AUGUGCGCCCUGUAUACUAACGCCGGGUACCGGGACCUGCCGGGUAGGGCCCUGGCCAGGCGUGGAGCUGGGCUCUCACUUGCCUUUCCUCUAGAAGGGUCCAAGGAAGAGGAUGAUGACGACGACUAUGAGAACAUGACGCCACCCUACAAGGACCUUCCUCCCAAGCCAGGUUGGAUGGCUCCACCAAGACCUCCCAGGGCAGGAAAGAAAACGGAGAGACCCCCACUUCCCUGUAAGCUCCCGAAGAACACGGGCCUGAACGUCAGCCCCGUCACCAGCUUGACUCCUCAGCUGGGCACUGAUCUGACGCACCCUGCAUCCCAGCCGCCUGAAGCCACAACUCCAGUGCCCUGGAUCAGUCAGAAGUUCGGAGGUCUUAGGCGUGACCAGGAGAGACUGAUGGUGUGCCUACUCCUGCUGGUGGUGGUGUCACUGCUCAUGGGCUGCACUGGUCUGGUUGUGACCCUGAUCAAGUACCAGGAGGUGGUGGAAGAACUGAGGAUGUUGACCUUUCAGCAGAUGGCAUGGCGAGCGAAUGUGACUGGCAUGAUGGGGUUAGCUGGCCUGAAGAAGGACAUUGAGCGCAUAAGAGCUGACACCAACCAGUCCCUGCUGGAACUUCGGGGCUUGUUAGACUGUACCAGGGUCACCUGCCCUGAAGGCUGGCUCCCUUUUCAGGGUAAGUGUUACUACUUCUCUCCAAGCACCAAGUCAUGGGAUGAAGCCCGGAAGUUCUGCCAGGAGAAUUACUCUCACUUGGUCAUCAUCAGUAACUCUGAUGAACAGGACUUUGUGGCCAAGGCCCAUGGUUCUCCACGGGUGUACUGGCUGGGGCUGAAUGACAGAGAUGUUGAAGGGGACUGGAGGUGGCUGGAUGGGUCCCCCGUCACUUUGAGCUUUUGGGACCCACAGGAACCCAACAACCUCUAUAAUAAUGAGAACUGUGCCAGCAUGAACAAAGGUGGCACCUGGAAUGACCUCUCCUGCGACAAAACUACGUACUGGAUUUGUGAGCGGAAAUGUUCCUGUUGAACCCCAGAGUUGAGGCUGGGUGGAGGCCCAUCCGUACUCCAUGCCCCUCGGCUCUUGGAGGUGAGAACCUCCCGUCCUUCUGGAUCUGAUGUGAACAGUGGGACCUGCCAGCACCCGAGGGGGAAUCAGCAGCCCGGACGUAGCAAGUUCUCCGGGGUGCGAGUCAGAUCAUUUCUGGGGUGAGGACUUGGGGGCUUGUUCUGCUGCACUGCGUUAGUCUGUUCAGACUGCUGUUACAGAAUAUUGUACACUGGACGGCUUAUACAUAACAGACAUUUUUUUUCUCUCAAAGUUUUGGAAGCUGACAAGCCCAGGAUCAAGGCUCAGGGAGAUAUAGUGUUUAGCGAUGACCUGCUUCCUGGUUCAUGGAUGCCAUCUCACUGUGUCCUCACAUGCUGGGAGGGGCGAGAACUCUCUGGGGUCCAUUUUUAU